AUGAAAUCAUUCCUCAAGGAUUCAUUCGUGGGACAAAUCCUCUACCGCUUGUCGGGACGCAAAAUCUUUCUUCAUAACGAUGAAUUACCAGGCUACGUCAUACCGGAGAAAUAUUUAGUCGGAUCCGCCGCAGCAAAGGGUGAAUACCAAUCUCCAAGCAGACCAGAUUCCGCCGAUGAAGCAGACGUUGACGCUGACGCUGACGUGGAACUCAAAAAUCAAGACAAGGACAGCGCUUCCACAGCUGCCAAUUCUCAAGAAGCACUCGACAAGAAGGACUCCGAAUACAUAAUCGUCACGUGGGACGGUGACGAUGACCCCGAAAACCCAUACAAUUGGUCAACGGGGCUUAAAUCCCUCAUGGCUUUCCAAAUUUCCUUCUUGACGGUGUCGGUCUACAUGGGUUCCGCCAUCUACACACCAGGUGUCCAAGAUAUCAUGGCCCAGUUCAACAUCAGCCAAACGUUGGCCACUUUACCCUUGACCAUGUUUGUCAUUGGCUACGGUAUCGGGCCCCUCUUUUUCAGUCCACUUUCAGAAGACUCGAGAAUCGGACGCACGCCGUUGUACAUUAUCACCUUGUUCAUCUUUUGCAUGAUGCAGAUUCCCACCGCUUUAUCGAAAAACAUCGCCAGUAUGUCGGUUUUGCGUUUGAUUGCGGGCUUUUUCGCUAGUCCCGCUUUGUCCACCGGUGGUGCCUCUUACGGUGACUUCAUCACCUUACCUUACUUUGUUGUUGGAUUAGCUGCUUGGUCCCUCGGUGCCGUCUGCGGUCCUGCCAUUGGUCCCUUGAUUGGAUCGGCCUUGGUGGUGCGCGGUGGCCAUAACGGAUACGAGAGCUGGAGGUGGACUUUUUGGUUCAUGGCCUUGAUCUCGUCGUGCUUUUUGUUCUUUGGCUGGACCUUGCCCGAAACUUAUGCCCCAUAUUUGCUCAGAAAGAAGGCUGAAAGAUUGAGAAGAUUGACUGGAAACGACAGGAUUAGAAGCGCCACCGAGUUGGAACAACACAAGUCUGCUAGUGAGAUUGUUCUGAAGUUGCUUUGGAGACCAUUUGAAAUCACCUUUACUGAACCGGUGGUGUUGUUAAUUGACAUCUACAUUGCCUUGGUUUACAGUAUCAUGUACUUGUUCUUUGAAGGUGUGCCUAUUGUGUUUCAAGAAACCAAGCACUUCACUUUGGUUGAAAUGGGUGCAGCCUAUGUUUCCAUUGUCAUUGGUAUAAUCAUUGCCGGAGCAGUGUAUAUCCCAUACGUCUACCAGAUCUUCACCAAGAAGCUUUUAGGCGGCUCAUUUGCACCACCGGAGGCUUUCCUCCCCGCUGCCGUGGUUGGUUCCGUGCUUAUGCCCGUGGGUCUUUUCAUCUUUGGCUGGACCUCGUCGCCCGACAUCCACUGGUUCCCACCUUUGAUUGGAAUUGCCUUGUUUGCCGCUGGUGCCUUUAUCAUUUUCCAAACAUUGUUCAAUUACAUGGCCUCGAGUUUCAAAGUUGAAUACCUCGCCUCGACUUUUUCGUCCAACGCAUUCUUUAGAAGUGUCAGUGCUGGCUGUUUCCCACUUUUCGGACGCGCCUUGUUUAAGAAUUUGGGAAGCGAUAAAUUCCCCGUGGGGUGGGGUAGCAGUUUAUUGGCAUUCCUUUCCUGUGCCAUGAUUGCUAUCCCCGUGUUUUUCUAUUUGAACGGUCCUAAAUUGAGAGCGAGAAGUAAAUAUGCUUACCAUUAA